GAUGGGGGGUAAAAAGAGGAGGGCAGGCAGACAGAAAAUUCUGACAUACUUCUUAAAACAAAGACCUCAGUGCCUGUGAGUCAAGUUUGUUCUCAGCAGCUGAUGAGAGAGCAUCUCUGUGCUACUGCUUCAUCACCACAGCAUAUGAAUUGGAUGCUGCCUGUGGAAAAGAAAACAGAGACUCUGGGACUUAAUCAGCUCCACUGACAACUCUGGAUAGUGGAGAGAAGAAGCAGCAGCAGGAGAGCAGAGCUGCAGGAAGCCAACAUACCAACAUACCACCACUAAAUAGAUAAGGCUUUAGGAGGGAACCUCAAAAAAAAAAAAUCACAUGAAAGUUCUUUCAACUAAGAAACAGAUAGAGAACUUGUGAGUAGAAGUGAUUAAGAGAAAACUAAGAGGACUUUGUUAAAGUGUGCAAGGAGAACGUGUACGUGUGGGGCUGACUGGACAGAAGUGGUCUUCAGAAGACGUGAGAAAAGCAGCAACAAUCUGGAGGAGGAACAGCAAGAGGUCCACCGGGCCCCACAGCACAAUUUCAUUAUGAGUAUGAGCGGUACUCUAGAGAAGGGGGCCCACCACCAGGCCUUGGACCUGUCUGAAGAACUGCCACCUCAUCACCAUCAUCAUCAUCAUCACAAUAACCACCACCCGCACCUCCUCCACUCCAACUCACUGGCCUCCACCACCGCUGUGGGUGGGGGCAGAGAAACACCUUCACGUGUGGUCGUACCUCCUCCUUACUCUGCAGCUGAGAGCGGUGGUGGGGGCAGUGAAGCUCCUCUGGAGCUGCGGGGGUCCCUGGACUGCUGGGCCUGCUCAGUGCUGGUGACGGCUCAGAACCUUGUGAUCGCUGCGAUCAACGCCUGCCUCGCUGGGCUUGUCUUCGGGACCAUCCUGACACCAGCCAUUGUCAUGGUGGUGUUUGGCUUCCUCUGCCACUCUACAGUCCGCCCCCAUGGGACGACCCCCUACUGCUCAGACCUGCUGUCUGACGGAGGCUGCGUGGCUCUGCUGGUGGUGGGCUUCCUCUUGGUCACCCCUUUGCUGGUCCUGGCACUGGCUGCCUACUGCCGCCUGGCCCGACACCUUCAACUAGGCCUGUGCUUCAUCCCGUACAGCCGGGCUGUGUAUAAAAACCUGCCUGCCACCCAGCACCGUGGCCUUGGCACUGGCUGCUGCGGUGGCCGAGAUGGAGCUGAUGGUGGGAAGGGAAAGGUCUGGGUGUGA